UGAUCAGCUGUCUGGCGUACACUGUUCUCGUUAUAUUGUUAUUUAACUUCUAAAAGGUAUCCAGAAGUUAUUACCGGCAUUGUUUUAAAUGGGUCUUUUUACCAAAGCUGAAGCGAAGACACCAGUGGAUUCCCCUGUAGAGAUCACAGAGGCUCCACCCAAUACAGGGCCGCCAGCAAGUGAUAAUGGCGAUACACUCAAGUCAAGAUUUAAAGAAUGGGGUUAUGAUUUGUAUCCCGAAAGAAGAGGAGAAACAUAUAAGCCCAAAUGGUCGAAGAUUUUGCUAGGUAUGGAAGGACGCGAAAAUAUCGACAAUGUAAAAUGUGAGCGUAACGUGUACUGGUGUGUGAAAAAUAGUCCAUUGGUGAAACUAAUGAUGGGCGCUUUGCGUAGUUCUGGUUGUCCAAUCGACCUGCGUCGUCAUAUAUCCUGCGAAGUGUGUGAUACCACCGUAACUGGCGGCUAUGAUCCAGUGUUGAAUCAAAUUGUUGUAUGCCAGAACAUGGCACGGAACGAAGGCAUGGUCCAGGGUGUGCUUACACAUGAAAUGAUACACAUGUUCGAUUACUGUAACAACGAAUUGGAUUUCCGGAACAUCGACCAUUUAGCCUGUACUGAAAUUAGAGCAGCAAAUUUGGCACAUUGUUCAUUUUUAAGCGCAAUGAUGCAAGGUGAUGCUUCGAUAUUUGAUAUAAAACAAGCUCAUCAGAACUGUGUAAAAACGAAGGCGAUGCAAUCGGUUUUGGCAGUGCGGAAUGUAAGUAAACUUGAAGCGAAAGAAGCAGUGGAGCGCGUGUUCCCAAAAUGCUACGCCGACUUGGAGCCGAUAGGGCGACGCAUACGACGCAAUUCACCCGACCAGCAUAAAGCUUACAUGGAAGGACCAAUGUAUGGUUAUGAUGUUUAGCAGGAAUGUAUUUGCUGUUUUGUGCGUAGUUCUUUUAUGACUAUACAAUUGCUGAAAUUUAAUUUUUUAUGAUAAAAAUUAUAAUUCAUUAAUAUUAGCUGUAAAAAGUAAUUUUGUUAAUUUUGCUGUUAUUAGUGACAAAUGACGUAAGUUGUUUUCAAUAAAAGCUAGCGUCAAAUAUUUUUAAAGUA